AUGAAUGCCCCCCGCAAACGGGUUAUUUCCUCGUGCGUGCCAUGCUACACGCGGAAGCAAAAAACUUCCAGCCCGGCAGCGACGUCCGAGGUUCGCUUUGAAGAGAGGAGUCGUGAGAAGAGACAAGCGGCAAGCGGCCGUGCGCUCAAGGCACAGAGUGAGUGGAAUAGCCAGCCGAAGUCGACUACUCCAGCUUCGCACUGGGCGGGCUCAUCCAUUGCAGAGUCCUUUGGAUACUUUGAGGACAGCGGCAGCAACACGCUGGCUGUUAUUCAGAAGGUAUUUCCGCGGCCGGAGAGCCUGAAGAGCUCACCCGUUCUCCUCCCCGAAGCAAGCGAGGAGGUACAGCGCCAUAUUCGACGCAUGCCUGACCGGCAGAUCAUAGACUUCUUGAUGCAAUUUUAUGUAGCCGAAGUCCAUUGGAUGGACCAGCUUGUGCAUGUGCCGUGGCUGUUGGCCAAAUACCAGACGUGGGCAUCGGAGGGGGUGACAGCAGCAUCAGGAGUCGAUUUUGUGGUGCUUAUUCUACGAAUCUGCGCGUACGCAACCCAGUUCCUACCGGCACCUGGCUACAUUAUGGACAAGGUCCGUGGCGUGCCUUUGACAGAUGUGCGCAGCAUGUGUGAGGAGACAGCCGACAACCUGGAUGCGAUUGCAAUGGCGGCAGACGGGCGCGGGUCGCUCAUCCGCGUGCAGCACCAGGCUUAUCACGGGCUGCAUUGCCAGAUUGACGGAAAGAUGGGCCUCUUCUGGGACGCGGUGAGCCAGGCCAUACGAACGGCACAGAGCGUCGGCAUUCACUGUGAUGCCGUGGCGGUGCGCCGGGGCGUCGAUGGGCCUACACGAGAGAUGGAACGGCGGACGUUCUGCAUCCUGUAUAUCUGGGACAGCCUGCUCUCGCGGAAGCUAGACCGUGUGCCGGUUUCCCCUGGCCGCCUUCGUGCAGGCAGCUGGCCACAGCUGCAGGCUCUUCGAAGCGGUGCCGAAGGCGACACCAGUGGCUCCAGCAAGACAGGCGGUGCGGAGGUGGAAGGACCAGUGCCCGACCUGUUUACGGAGCGGCUUCUACAAGCGCGAUUGGCGGACUUUUGGCGAAGUGCCAGUCCGUGGCCAGCCGGGGAGUACGAUGCAGUGGAGGCUGAAGAGCGGUACGAGCGGUUUUUCCGAGAGUACGUGGAGCAGCUGCCGCCGGUGUUUGCGCUCACCGAGCCGGACCAGCGCUGGGAUGAGCGGCGGGCGAAGCUGGCGCUACAGCGGUUGGCGCUGCACAUCUCGGUGUACGAGAUGAUCUGCUGGAACUUCCGGCCGCUGCUGCUUCAGCAGUCGGCGACACUGCCGAUGCACAAGUUGGUGAUGGUCAGCGUGCAGAAGCGGAAGCUGGCGGCGGCGGCGCUGUGCACUCUGCGGUCGGUGAAGCAGCUGCAUGCGCUUCUGGGGGGGUGCCACACGCGGCUGGCCUGCAUCGUGUUCUCGGCGUUUGAGGCGGGGGUGCUGCUCGCGUGUCUCUGCGCCGAGCCACAGUUCCCGGAGGACUACCCGGUGCAUCAUAUUCCGCCACCCGGAGCCCUCCGGACGGAUCCGCUGCAAGGCGACAUCUUUGCGGUGACGCAGGAUAGCUGCCUGCAGGCGGCGCGCGGGGCAUUGCGGCUGCUCGAGAUGCUGGCAGAGGUGAGCCACAUGGCGGAGGUCGGGGCGACGACGCUGGCCAAGGUGCUCGCCCGGGCCACAGAAGGCGGCACGGCUGCCAAGGCCGGGGUAGAGGGAGCGGCAGUCGUGUCUAGCCGCGAGCCAGAGGUUCCGACUCUGGUGACGAGCAUGGGUCCGUCGUCGGUAGCGUCAUCGCAGCUCAGGGGGUCAACAGCCGCGGCCGAAGUGCCGCUCUGGCUUCACAACGAUAUUGUGGACUUGCGCCCCCUUGAUAUGAUGGGCGCGGAUCUGACUGUGGGGGAUUUUUCUGUCUGGCCGCCACUGGAUGCCUCCCAUAUGUAUUCGCAAGACGCCGAGUACUGA